CGCGGCGGGCGCGGCCGGCCCGGGGAGGCCGCGGCGGGCGGGUCUGCACGUACGAAUCACUGCUUGAAGAGCUUGAAGUACAAAGUUACCCCAAGAUUUAAAAAUGCCUCCACGGCCGUCAUCCGGUGAACUAUGGGGCAUCCACUUGAUGCCCCCCAGGAUCCUGGUGGAAUGUCUCCUCCCAAACGGAAUGAUAGUGACUCUAGAAUGCCUCCGUGAGGCCACCUUACUGACUAUUAAACAUGAACUCUUUAAAGAAGCAAGGAAGUACCCUCUCUAUCAGCUCCUUCAAGAUGAAUCUUCUUACAUUUUUGUAAGUGUUACACAGGAAGCAGAGAGAGAAGAGUUUUUCGAUGAAACGCGGAGACUUUGUGACCUGCGACUGUUUCAGCCUUUCCUGAAAGUUAUUGAACCAGUAGGUAACAGAGAAGAGAAGAUUCUUAAUAGAGAAAUAGGUUUUGCUAUUGGCAUGCCUGUCUGUGAGUUUGACAUGGUCAAGGAUCCAGAAGUACAAGACUUCAGAAGGAACAUUCUGAACGUGUGCAAAGAGGCCGUGGACCUGCGAGACGCCAAUGCUCCGCACAGCAGAGCGCUCUAUGUCUACCCUCCCAACGUAGAGUCCUCAGCUGAGCUCCCCAAACACAUCUACAACAAGCUAGACAAAGGGCAAAUUAUAGUGGUGAUUUGGGUAAUAGUCUCACCAAACAAUGAUAAGCAGAAAUACACCUUAAAAAUCAAUCAUGACUGUGUGCCUGAGCAAGUUAUUGCUGAAGCUAUUAGGAAGAAAACUCGAAGUAUGUUGCUGUCAUCUGAACAACUGAAACUUUGUGUCUUGGAGUACCAGGGCAAAUAUAUUUUAAAAGUCUGUGGCUGUGAUGAAUACUUGCUAGAAAAAUGUCCACUGAGCCAGUAUAAGUACAUAAGGAGCUGCAUCAUGCUUGGCCGCAUGCCCAACCUGAUGCUGAUGGCCAAGGAGAGCCUGUACACGCAGCUGCCCCUGGACACCUUCACCAUGCCCUCCUACUCGCGCCGCAUCUCCACCGCCACGCCCUACAUGAACGGGGAGGCCACCACCAAAUCCCUCUGGACCAUCAACAGCGCCCUCAGAAUAAGGAUCCUCUGUGCUACCUAUGUAAAUGUGAACAUCAGAGACAUAGACAAGAUCUAUGUCAGGACAGGUAUCUACCAUGGAGGGGAACCUUUGUGUGACAAUGUGAAUACUCAGAGGGUACCUUGUUCUAAUCCCAGGUGGAAUGAGUGGCUGCUGUACGACAUGUACAUCCCUGACCUGCCCCGCGCCGCGCGGCUCUGCCUGUCCAUCUGCUCUGUCAAGGGCCGCAAGGGUGCCAAGGAGGAGCACUGUCCAUUGGCUUGGGGAAAUAUAAACAUGUUCGAUUACACAGACACUCUGGUAUCUGGGAAAAUGGCUUUGAAUCUUUGGGCAGUACCUCAUGGGCUGGAGGAUUUGUUGAAUCCUAUUGGUGUUACUGGAUCAAAUCCAAAUAAGGAAACUCCAUGCUUAGAGCUGGAAUUUGAUUGGUUUAGCAACCCUGUAAAGUUCCCAGAUAUGACAGUGAUUGAAGAACAUGCAAACUGGACAAUUUCACGGGAACUGGGAUUCAACUACAGCUAUGCAGGGCAGAGUAACAGACUAGCUCGGGAUAGUGAAUUAACAGAGAGUGACAAGGAGCAACUGCGAGCCAUUUGUACCCGAGACCCCUUGUCUGAAAUCACUGAGCAAGAGAAGGACUUCCUCUGGAGACACAGACACUAUUGUGUGAAUACUCCAGAAAUUCUACCCAAAUUACUUUUGUCUGUCAAGUGGAAUUCUAGAGAUGAAGUGGCCCAGAUGUACUGCUUGGUGAAGGACUGGCCCUCAAUCAAGCCAGAGCAGGCCAUGGAGCUGCUGGACUGCAACUACCCAGACCCCAUGGUGCGAGCGUUCGCAGUUCGGUGCCUGGAGAAGUCCCUGACUGAUGACAAACUGUCUCAGUACCUCAUCCAGCUGGUACAGGUUCUGAAAUAUGAGCAGUAUUUGGAUAAUCAGCUUGUGAGAUUUUUGCUGAAGAAGGCACUGACCAAUCAAAGGAUAGGACACUUCUUCUUUUGGCAUUUAAAGUCUGAAAUGCACAACAAGACUGUCAGUCAGAGGUUUGGUUUACUUCUGGAGUCCUACUGUCGAGCGUGUGGAAUGUACCUGAAGCACCUGAGCAGGCAGGUGGAGGCCAUGGAGAAGUUGAUUAACCUCACAGAUAUUCUCAAGCAGGAAAAAAAGGAUGAGACCCAGAAGGUACAGAUGAAGUUUCUUGUUGAACAAAUGAGACGACCAGAUUUCAUGGAUGCCUUGCAAGGUUUUAUCUCUCCUCUUAAUCCUGCCCAUCAACUGGGAAACCUCCGGCUUGAGGAGUGCAGGAUCAUGUCAUCUGCAAAAAGGCCGCUGUGGUUGAACUGGGAAAACCCAGAUAUUAUGUCUGAGUUGUUAUUUCAGAACAAUGAGAUAAUAUUUAAAAAUGGAGAUGACUUGCGUCAGGACAUGCUGACACUUCAGAUCAUUCGAAUUAUGGAAAACAUCUGGCAAAAUCAGGGUCUUGAUCUUCGGAUGUUGCCCUAUGGUUGUUUGUCAAUUGGUGACUGUGUGGGACUCAUCGAGGUGGUCAGGAGCUCUCACACCAUCAUGCAGAUCCAGUGUAAAGGAGGCUUAAAAGGAGCACUGCAGUUCAACAGCCAUACAUUGCACCAGUGGCUCAAGGACAAGAACAAAGGAGACAUGUAUGAUGCAGCUAUUGACCUGUUUACACGUUCUUGUGCUGGCUACUGUGUUGCCACCUUUAUCCUGGGCAUUGGUGAUCGCCACAACAGCAACAUCAUGGUCAAAGAUGAUGGACAGCUGUUUCACAUUGACUUUGGGCACUUCCUCGACCACAAGAAGAAAAAAUUUGGUUACAAAAGAGAGCGUGUGCCAUUUGUCUUAACACAAGACUUCUUAAUAGUGAUUAGUAAAGGAGCCCAAGAAUGUACCAAAACGAGGGAGUUUGAAAGGUUUCAGGAGAUGUGCUAUAAGGCUUACCUGGCAAUUCGGCAGCAUGCCAAUCUCUUCAUCAAUCUUUUCUCCAUGAUGCUUGGCUCAGGAAUGCCAGAACUGCAGUCCUUUGAUGAUAUUGCAUACAUUAGAAAGACCCUUGCAUUGGACAAAACUGAGCAGGAGGCUCUUGAGUACUUCAUGAAGCAGAUGAAUGAUGCUCACCAUGGUGGCUGGACAACAAAAAUGGACUGGAUCUUCCACACAAUAAAGCAACACGCUUUGAACUGAACUGACAGCAAAGAAAACAAGAACUGAUACCCAGCUCUGUGGGUACUGCACUGUUAAUACCCGUUAGCAGCAAAGACUGGUUGCAUAGGAAUUGCACAAACCAUGAACAACAUUAGAACUUAUGGCGAGAAAAGAGAUGAAUUGUUCAGACAACUGUUGGAAAAUGAUGUAAAACAGGGUUUCAGAUAGCACUAAAAUUAUAAACUUCUAAAAUUAAGCUUUAGUACGAUGUGUGCAGGGACCUUGACAAAUUAGAGAGAUGGGCAGUCACCAAGUGUGUGAAGUUUAACAAGGGCAAGUGCCAGAUUCUGCACCUGCAAUGGGGCAAGCCUGGUUGUGUGUAUGGACUGGGGAAUGAGGCUGGACAGCAGCUGUGGAAAGGGACCUGAGGGUCCUGGUCCAUGGCAAGUUGAACAUGAGCCAGCAGUGCCCUGCAGCCAGGAGAGCCACCUGUGUGCUGGGGACAUCAGGCACAGCAUGGCCACUGGGCAAGGGAGGGCAUUGGCCCACUCUGCUCUGCACUGGGGCAGCCUCACCUUGAAUAUUGUGGGCAGUUUUGGGUGCCACAGUCUAAAUAAAAUUAAGCUAUUAGAGAGUGUCCAAAGGAGGGCCACAAGGAUGGUGAGGGGUCUGGAGGGGAAUGGGCUGUAUGGGGAGCAGCUGAGGUCACUUGGUCUGUUCAGCCUGGAGAAGAGGAGACUGAGCUCAGAUCUCAUCAGGCUCUGCACCUUCCUCACGAGGGGAAGUGGAGGGGCAGGUACCAAUCUCCUCUCUCUGGUGACCAGUGACAGGAAUUGAGGAAAUGGCAUGGAGUUGAGUCAGGGGAGGUUUAGGUUGGAUAUUACAAAAAGGUUUUUCACCCAGAGGGUGGUUGGGCACUGAACAGGCUCCCAGGGAAGUGGUCACAGCCCCAAGCCUGACAGAGUUCAAGGAGUGCUUGGACAAGGCUCUCAGGCCCAGGGUGAGAUUCCUGGGGUGUCUGUGCAGGGCCAGGAGCUGGACUCUGAUCCAUGUGGGUCCCAGCACAUUCUGUGAUUCGAUGAUUCAUGUUAUGCCUUAAGCUCAAAAAGGUAAACUUGGAAGAAUGUUUCCUUUUUUCAUUUGAUAGGAUAAAUUAGAAGGAAAAAGAAAAUAGUGCUAGUGUAAGAGUCCAUCACAUCUUACCUUAGAUCUGGUACAGUAGGUGGAGACUAUGCUGGAUUGUGAAGAACAGAAAGAGAAUUCAAGUGAUAGCAAAUACUUAAAUGCAGCAUAGUUUAAAGGAAAGAUCUAAAAACGUUAGUGAGAGGACAGUGCCUUUUAAAUGUGCUCGGAGGCAUUAACAUUUGUGGGGUUUGGGUGGCCCUUGAAUUUCUGGGUCCGUCAUCUGCACAGUUUCUGAAGGCAGUAGGAAAUAGGCCCACUCAGUAUGGUGUUUCUUCUGCUCAGUAUUGCUAGGGGUGCAAUUCAUACUUUCACAAAGAAACUCCCUAUCAUCCCCAAAAACUGACUAACCUGGAAAUUGAAUGGUCAGAAUUGGGUUUAGUGCAACAGAGAGCUGUAGUGUUCAUCUUAGGUUUGCUUUAAUCUAACUUGAACUGAAUAGAUUUUUUUCAUACAUGUUUUCCAGAACCUAAAGAAAGGUGAGUUAUUAAAAUUAUUGAAAGAUUAUUUUUUUAUAAAGGCUAUUUAUAUAAUAGGAACUAUUAUUAAUAUAUAUUCUUUAUUUACAUGAUUUGUCCAAUAUUAACUCUCUUAAUUUUGCAACCCAGUUCUAUCUGUCCAAGACUCCCGUUUUCAUUAACGUCACUGAAGGUGACCAGACGUACUCCUAGGACCAAAUUCAGCCCUAGUGAAAGAGGACACAAGUACCAGUGAAGUAGUGGGAAUAUACCCACUAAAGCCAAAGGGGAACUUGGCCUAAGUCUCUAAAAAUAUUUUGGGAAUCACUCUUCACAUUACUGAAGCGAUAUGCUGGCUAUUUCAAGAACGCUCAUUUAAACCCUCAAAAUUUGGGUCUACCAUUUCUCCUCUUUCUUCCUCCUUUGGAAGUGGUUGUUGAAUCCAGUAAGAUACAUCAGAAAUAGCAAUUUAGAUUUUCAAUAUGAUCAAUAAUUAGCAGUUCAGCAGACAGAUAUGUUGGCUAGCUCAAAGCAUGUGGAGUUACCAAACAUUUUAUAGCUUUGUCUGUUUUGUGCGUGUGUGUAAUAUAUAUUUGUAAAUCUAGUUGUUGUCCUUUAACACAAUUACAAUGUGUGCAAUCAAUGAAAUUGGCACCAUGUUUUGAAACUGUUCAGAGUACCGAGGAUUUCAGAUUGCCCUUAUGCACAACUUCAGGUAGGACUGUUUCUCUAAUUGCUAAACAGGUUUCUUUUUAAAGUUAGCAAAGCCCAUAAUAGUUCUGUGGGUGAUGUUCACCCUGACAUUUUAAACUUGCAAGAUUGGCAGCACUUGAAUUCCAAAGGUUUGGGGCUUUUGGGGGUUCAGCUUGUUCACUGCAAACACGCACCGAGGUGCCACUCAGAAAGUGCAAUACCAUGUGUAAUAUAAAAUAUGCUGGCAGUUGAUGUUAGACUAGAAUAUAAGCAUAUAAAUAAACUGUACUUCGUGCAGGCUGUACUGAUGAGGUAAUGAGUGGUUGGCUUCAUUUAGCAAAUUGUAAUAUAUUAAAAAUGUGCAAUCAAUUACGAUAUGAAAGACUUUGGGGAUUGUAAAGCCAAGGCUUUGGUGUUGCAAGACACUUUCAAAGUCAGCAUCCUGCAGCUGAUUACUGCAUGCAUGGAUACUUGAUGUUGUGGGGGAAAACCUGGUUUUGUGAAAACUGCAGAAGCUCUGAGAAUAGUAGGGGAAAUGUGAAGUUUUAUUUCCUUAGUUCUACGAAAUAUUUUGGAGUAGUCCAAUAGAAUUCCCAUUGCUCUUUUUAUUGACUGUUACAUAUUACUUUUUGUUCAUAUGAAUAUUUUAACUCCUGCUAAGCUUGGCUGUACUUUCCUAGAGCAAAGUUACCCUUGUAUCUAUUAUUUUGCAGUCCACACACAAUAAUGGUUUAGCUCUUAAAAUGGGUUAGUUUCAGUUUAACUUUAGUUCACAAAAUCUGAAACCCUGUUGGCUAUAAUUCUUAAUUUAACAGAGUAAAAGCGUUGCACAGACAUCACAUUAGGUGCUAUAUUUGUAUUUAUCUGGUGUUGAAACAAUGCUUUACCUCGUUUAUGCAAGAAAUGGUCAGCCUUUUCCAGCCUGGGUGAAAAGAUCAACUCCAAUUUAUUGGAUGUUAUGAGGCCAAAUUUGUUUGUACUUUGCCCCUUCCUAGCCCUUCUGUAAAUAUGAGUAUAAAUGUCUUUCAGUUCAAGCACUGUAUUCUGCACCCUUUUUGCCUAGACAGAGGUAUGAGGAGUCAGGCUCUGUCUCCAGAAUUUACUGCAAUUAAGUGUUGUGCAUAAGCUGUGGAAUUUAUUAUGAGAAUCAAAUAGUAAAAGAAAGGAAACCUCAGAGUGGUACAGACAUAAUACAGUUGGGGGUAACUGUAGCCUUUCAACCAACUUUAAAAAGUAGGAGAAGCUCCUGAGCUUUACCCAUUUCUUUGCAUCACCAAGAUGGGCAUUUGAAAAGCAUUCUGCCAGUGUUUCACAGAAAACAACAAUCCUUUUCUCAGCUUCAAAGUGUUGAACCCUAAUUGCUGUAUCCUGCCACAGCAGUUCCUGCUGAUGUAACUUCACUGAGGAUAGAGGAGGCUCUGUUUGCUUACCCUGGAGGAAAUGAGAGGAUGUAAUCUGCUCCCAGUAUCAGGAAGAAGACCUGCUUACACACCAUGAAAGCACUUGUAACUGAGUCCUAGAUUUUUACAGAAAUGGCUUGGAAUUGGCUUAUUUUUAACUAUUCCCACUUCAUGGAGAUUUGAAAAUGCUCCCUUUGUUCUGGGACUCAGAAUACUAAAGUAGAUUAUUUUGGGCUUGAAAUGAAUCUGGGCACCUUGCUCCUGCAGCACUUCUUGUAAGACUGCCAGAGCAAGGAGCCCAGGACUGGGCCAUGUGUUUUAUCACAAAGCAUUAGCAAAUGGUGUUUUAGUGGAAUAAAAUUUAAAUCAGUCACCUUUUCAGCUGUGAAAUUCUGUUUGAUGUAAUGACAGAACAGGGUGCUGCAUAUUAGUUUUACUUAGCAUUAAAUUCAUUGCUUUCCUAAACAUAGCAGAAGUACCUGUACUGAUUUUAUAUAUGCAUACUUCUUUGUCUGAAAGGGUGCAUUAGUAGUUUUUUCAUAGUUGAAACAGACUUCCAGUAUAAUUUGAAUUUUUUUAAAAAAGGCUUUUAAAUAAAACCAAAAUUGUAGGUGAUUUGGCAUCUUGUGGAAAAGAUGUGAGCCUGCAUAUUGAGGACAAUAUAGAAAUUACCAGGUUUAUAAGAACUUUGUAUGUGAUGACCCUGCUAUCGAUGGUUUGGCGAGUUGUUUGUGGGUUUUUAUGCCAACUUUCCUUUUUCUGUAAAGUAUUAAAUGCCCUUUAGUGGUCAGUAGCCCAUGUUUGUUGACAGUUUGAAGGUAUUGUCUUUGCUUUGUCAUUAUAUAACUGGCAUGUUCAAAUGUCUGUUCUUAAUAGUAAUUAUGAAUUCCUCCUGUUUUGCAUGUCUGUACAGGUUGCAGACCUGGGCUGGACCCACUCAAAAAACAAAUAUCAGAAAAGCCACUUGAAAUUACUAUUUUUGUUGAUGUCUUUGACAUCUUGAAAAUACUUCAAGUUAAUGAAAAUGGUGUGGUAUUACAGAAAGAAUUGUAACUUGCUGCUUCUAGGAUUUUUUUUAACUUCUUUCACUUGUUCUAGUUUUACUUGAAUGGAAGAACCACACUCAUGUUUUUAAAAACACUAUAUAGCUGUGGAUGUUGUUGCAGAUUGUUGAAUCCCAAUUUAAUUUUGCAAUACAUGUUUCAUACAAAUAA